AUGGGAAAUAUUGUUCCAAAUGACAAAGAUUUUAUGGAUAUUAUAAUUCAUUUAAAGAAUAAAAAUGAAGAGGAGUUAGGAUUAAUAUUAAUAGGAUUAGCUACUUUUCACAAAAGGAUUGAAAAAUUAGAAAAAAUUGAUAAAGAUGCUGCAAUACUAUUUGUUAAAAUGAUAAUUUAUAGUUUUACAAAUGAUACUCCGAAAGCAAUCUAAAUUGGAGAGGAAAUAAAAUUAAGACAUCAAUACAUCCAUGUUUAUCUUCUUUAAGGAUUUUGUUACAUGAAAUUAGGGCUUUUAGGGGAUGCUGAAAGAUGUUUAAAAUAGGCACUUGAUAUAAAGCCUUAAAGAGUUAAUACCAUUUUUAGUUUAUGUAAGAACAAUUAUGAAUUUAGAUAAAUUAUCAAUGAUGAAAGAGGAUUAUUAAAAUGCCUUUAAUUAUCUUAAUGAAAUUAAAAAAUUUGACAGAUCCCCAAAAAUACAUUUUUUGAUGGGUGUAAUUUUUAAAUAAUUUAGGAAUUACUUAUUAAAAAAUGAAUUAGCAUGAUUAGGCAAUUCUAUGUUUCGAGAUAGCUCAUCAAUAAAUUUAAAACUAAGAAUAUUUUCUUCAUAAAAGUACUUAUAUAUUAAUAUUAUUAAGUGGAAUCAUUUUUGGCAUUAGAAAAAUAUGAGGAGGCAUUAGAAUGUUGCAUGAUAGUAAUUAUUAAUGAACCAGGUAAUAAAUAUUUGUAGGAGAAAUUAUGUAAUUUAUAAUUAAAUUUAGAAUAUUUAUUGAAAUUACUUGGGAUUGAUGAAGAAUAGCAUAGAUUGAAAUUAUUAAAAUUAUAACAAGAACAUAAUUAUACUUUAGAAACAUACAAAGAGAGUAUUAUUAUUUAAUUUUCUUAGAGAGAGCAUUAGAAGCAUAAUAAACUUAAUUAAUUCUAAGAUAAUCAAAAAUUAGAGUAAAACCAGAUUAAGGAUAGAUUGAUUAAACUUAAUCCUAAAUCAAAUUAAAUAAAUAAAAUUAAUAAAUCACUUAUUAUUUAGAUGCAUUAUAUUACACAUUUACUUAAUUUUUUGGUUUAUAUGUUCAUUUGGAUUAGAAUAGUUCAUCUAAAAUUGCAUAGUAUUUAUCAACAAAAUAAAAUAUUGAAAUAUUAAAAUUUACUGAUAUGAUAAGAUAAACAAUAUAAUAAUGUUAUCCAGAUUUAACAAAAUUAAGUAUUGAGGAUUUAAGUAACAAGUUAACCUUAUGGUAUAAUAAAAAAAUUAAAGAAAAUGAAGAAGAUAUUUUUAAGCACUUAUUCAAGAUUUUCUAUAAUUUAAAUUAGACUAAUUUCAAACAAAAAUUAAUUGAAAGAUUGAAUGAAGACUUUUCUAUUAGUAUUGAGAGGAAAAAGAAAAAUAAUGAAUUUUAUUUAUAUCUCACAGAAAUAUGUAGAGCAGUUGAAAAAGAAGGUUUUCAAAUUUAUAAAGGUAAUUAUUAAUUAAUUUAAUAAUUAGAAUCUGGUGGUUAACUUGGAUUAGAACAUGCAAUUAUAAUUUUAGGAUUUAUUAUUAGAUUUACUGAAUUAGUUGAUGAAGAUGACAGUUUUGAAAAUAUCAUUUUUAGAGGAUUAAAUAAAGAUGAUUUUUACUAAUUCUUUUAAUCAUAGAGUAGAAUAUAAAUAAAAAAUUCAUAGUAAAAAUAGGUUCUUAUAUAUAUUUAAAUAUUUAAUAGUUCAUAUUGAAUAGAGAAGAAACGUAAGUUUAAACUGAUCUAACUUUCAUGUCUAAGUUUUAAUGAAA